AUGUCCGUUGACGAUGCCAAAACCGCACUCGCUCAUAGAGCGGACAUUUCCGAAGAUGUCGGUAGCAGUGCCGACAGCGAUGUCUUAGCGCCGUACUUUGCUCUGCCUCAGCCUCGACUAUUGCUCGACGUGCGACCCGAGCUAGCAUUUCAUCGGGCCCAUAUUGUCGGCUCAUACAACGUAACACCCAUCUCAAAGCUCAGGUCUCAAUACAGCUACCUGCCGCCACGCAACACGCCUUUUGUCGUGCUUGCCGAACUUUCUCAGUAUAGCGAAACGGUGGAAGCAUUUGCUCAGACUCCGUCAGUGAUUCCUAUCUACCUCGCACCUGAUGAAUUGGACGCUGAUCCGACUGUGUCAGGAAACGUAAUAUCUGAGAAACGCUUCGUCGCUUGCGCGCAGCGCUUAGGCGUACUGCGCAAGUCGCUCUCGCAUCAGUCGCGCCUCGCAGGAGGUCACUGUUCUGAUUCCACUAGCGCCAAUCGAGACGACAUACCAGAACUGCUCUUCCGCCCAUCAAAUGCUGUACGUAGGACAGUCCUCUCUCUCGAGUCGCGCUACCGCCAUCAAGAUAAGGCUCUAAGGGUGCUCGAUCUAGGCUGUGGCGCAGCACGCGAUCUUGCAUGGAUCUUGCACGGCUCACGCACUCGUACCCCAACGCCCUCGUGGACGGGCGUUGGUGUCGAUAAUUGGAAAGCAGCUCUUCUUCGAGCUGAGCAGCUUAUGAACGACCUUUGGCUCAACCAUGAUGACACUUCUCUUCCGCUGGUAUCGCCAUGCUGCGAGAAGCUGAUGUGGGCGAAAUGCGCCGAUGACGGCAUCUUAGAGCCGCUCGUUGGGACUGGCAAGGGCAAGUCAAUACGAACAGCUGAAAACCAUGUACAGCUUUGGGAACAAUAUCGACAGCUUGGCCUUUCGCCUCUACUUUCCUCUGCGCGCGAUCAACAAGUGACGAACAGCUCCGACGACGAAACAGCGAAGUUCGACUUGGUCCUCUGCAUUCGGUUUCACCCACGAGCCCUGCUACCUCAUGUGUCACGACUUGUCCGCGCUGGAGGCAUGGUCUUGCUCAGCCACUUUGCCACGCUGUCUGAGGCGCAACUCGCUGCAGCCAGUCAAGUCGAUCCAACAGCGAUAACAGAUUACGACUCACCGCCGCACCAAGGUCGCAUCCAGCCUGGCGAGAUCGAAAGCCUGGUCCAGUCUUGGAAUCAAUCAGAACGACCUGGUUAUACUUGGAUCAUCGACAGCGAUGUACUCGAGCCAAUCGAAGACGGAAGGAUCAUCAGAAGUGUAGGUCUCUGCAGAGUUUCUGUGUAG